GUGACUGUGGAGUGUUGAACACUAUACUGUACAAAAAUGGGAACUAAGUAUUCCCAGUUGUGUCUUAUUCUUUUGUUGAUCAUAGCCACAUUUUCAUGCCAGAUUUCUUGUUAUUAUCAUUCAGAUUUCUCAAUACUCAAGCGCGGCGCGGAGGAAGAAGUGGUUGAGAUCUUCCAAGAAUGGAAGAAGAAGAACGGGAAGGUGUACAGGAGCGAUGAAGAAUCAGAGAGGAGGUUGGAGAACUUCAAGAACAACUUCAAGUAUGUGAUGAUGGAGAAAAACAUCCUGGGGAAUUCGGAGGGUACGACGGUUGGGCUGAACAGGUUUGCUGAUAUGAGCAAUGAGGAGUUUAAGAAUGUUUACUCCUCAAAGAUUAAGAUACCCUUCAACAAGAGGAAAGCCAUUGAUGAGAUGAAGGGGCUGCAGAAGAAGAGGGGGCAUUGUGAAGCGCCGCCUUCUUCUCUAGAUUGGAGAAAGCGUGGAGCUGUCACUCAUGUUAAGGAUCAAGGAGAUUGUGGGAGCUGUUGGGCAUUCUCUGCAACCGGAGCAAUGGAGGGAGUAAAUGCAUUGGUGACCGGAGACCUGAUCAGUCUGUCGGAGCAAGAACUCAUCAGCUGUGAUCCAUCUAACUAUGGGUGUGAGGGUGGAUAUAUGGACAAUGCUUUUGAAUGGGUUAUGCAUAAUGGUGGCAUUGAUUCCUCAUCUGAUUACCCAUACACUGGCAGAGAUGGGAAAUGCAAUCUCAAAAAGGUUAAAGACGAGAUUGCUGUCACGAUUGAUGGGUACGAGGAUGUUGCAGAACAAGAAACUGCCUUACUGUGUGCAGUGGCAAAACAACCUGUUAGUGUUGGAAUACAAGGAUCAUCACUUGAUUUUCAGCUCUACACUGGUGGGAUCUACGAUGGACAUUGUUCAGACAAUCCUAACGAUAUAGACCAUGCGGUUGUAAUUGUUGGUUAUGGCUCAAAAGGUGGCAAAGAUUACUGGAUCAUAAAGAAUUCUUGGGGAACAGCUUGGGGAAUGGAGGGCUAUGCAUUUAUAAGAAGAAACACUAACAGGAGAUACGGCGUUUGUGCAAUCAAUGCAUUGGCUUCUUACCCCACUAAAGAGCCCUCCGCCGCCCCGUCCCCUAAGCCGUCGCCUGCUGCUCCGCCUCCACCGCCGCCGCACCGGCCACCGCCACCGCCACCGCCGCCCCCUCGUCCCCCUCCGCCUCCAACUCCAACUUUCUGCGGAGCUGGAUUGGUUUGUCCACCGGAUAACACAUGCUGCUGCCUUUUUGAGUUCUUUGGCGUUUGCUUUAUCCAAGGCUGCUGUGGAUAUAAAAAUGGCGUUUGUUGCGGUGGCUCCGCCUAUUGUUGUCCAAGUGAUUACCCCAUUUGUCAUGUCUACGAAGGCCUCUGCCUCAAGAAGCGUGGAGACCAUGUAGGAGUGGCUGCUAAGAAGAGAGGAAUGGCGAAGCCAAAUCUGCCAUGGAAUGGAUUAGAGUUUGCCGCUGCUGCAAUGCGUUGAACGUUGAACGGAUUGCCUAUAUUCUACGUACUAAGUUGCUUCUUAUUGGUGUUCAAAUGUUGUUUUUGGCAAAACUAGCUUGUUACAAUAAUAUAUUCCCUGGGAAUUGGGGUGUAAAUGUGUAAUGCUCCAUCUGCAAAUGCAUAUGCAUGUGUUUGGAAUGGUGAACUGUUUCAACUAUUUCUUGUAAUUUCGUUUAAAUAAAUGGUAAUUAAAAUUGUAAAUUUUAGACCUGGCCGAGAAAGUAAUAUUAAUGUUAUCAAACCAUAAUAUAUUUGG